AUGCUGCUGCUUCUUCAUGUGCUGAUGCUGUCGCUUCUCUCCGGUGGUUCAGUCAAAGUUGUGCAGAAUUUUGAAAGUGGCUGUGGUCAAUUGUUUGCAAAUGGAAAAUCACCAACAAGAUUUCCUGGUCCACAAUACAGGCAGAUCUGCCAAACUCUAAAUAAUGAUGUUUAUUAUGCCACAUUCUAUGACACUGACAACAAGAUCCCCGUGUACUCUCCAGCAUAUCCAGCAAAUGGUGGUCACACUGUCUUUUAUGCCACCUUCACUCUCACCAAUGCUGCUCCACAAGGCAAAUGUUUUAACAGAAUUCUUUGGUGGGAUGAAGAACAAUUGCUGGGAACGCAUCUGAAAACAGCAUGUAGUUCACAACGUGUUUACAUUGUGACAGGGGUGGUACCAGGCACUCAUAGCAUAAACAAUAGAGUGAACGUGCCUAGUCAUUUCUGGACUGCAUUCUGCUGCUUAGACAACAAUUAG